AUGACCACCCCCUUCGGCCACCCCAUGAGGGAGCACUUCCUCUUCGACGCCAACUUCAAGAACCUCAACCAUGGCUCCUUCGGCACCUACCCGCGCGCUGUGCAAACCGCACUGCAGCAGCACCAACAAGCCAGCGAAUCCCGCCCAGACCACUUUUACCGGAUCGCCCGACCCCAAGGCAUAGACGAGUCACGGCGCUUGGUCGCCAAGCUGCUCAACAUCCCUGUAAACGAGUGUGUGUUCGUCAAGAACGCCACCACAGGCGUGGGCACCGUGCUGCGCAACCUGGCCUUCCAGGCCGGCGACGCCGUCGUCUACUUCGACACCAUCUACGGGGCCGUGGAGAAGGGGCUGCACUCGCUGAUGGAGGCGAGUCCCGUGGUCGCCCGCAAGGUCGAGUACCAGUUGCCGGUCAGCCAUGAGGAGCUGGUCAGACGGUUCCGGGCUGUGGUGCGUCGCGCGCGGGACGAUGGGCUGAACGUCCGCGUUGCGGUGUUCGAUACUAUCGUUAGUAUGCCCGGGGUGCGGUUCCCGUUUGAGACGCUGGUGAGCGUGUGCCGUGAAGAGGGGAUCCUGAGUCUGGUGGAUGGGGCGCAUGGUAUCGGACAUAUACCGUUGGAUUUGGGGGUGUUGCGGCCGGAUUUCUUUACGAGUAAUUUGCAUAAGUGUGUUUAUCUUUCCCCUCCUCCUCCUCCUCCUCCUCCUCCUCCUCCCUUUCUAUCUGUUCUUCUUGAAUGGCUGUUCGUCCCCCGCGGUUGCGCCGUCCUGCACGUCCCCCUCCGCAACCAACACCUAAUCCGCACCACAUUCCCGACGUCCUGGGGUUACAUCCCCCCAAACCAGGUCACCACCACCACCACGCAGGGGAAAUCCGCCUUCGAGUAUCUCUUUGAACAGACCGCCACGACAGACGACACGCCAUGGCUGUGCGUGCCCGCCGCGCUGCAGUUCCGGGCCGAGGUCUGCGGCGGCGAAGACCGCAUCUACGCCUACCUGGAGAGCCUGGGGCGCUCAGCAGCGGACAUCGUCGCGCACGCACUCGGGACGGAGGUGAUGCAGGAGCCCGGGCUGCAGACAGGCGAGGUCAGCCAGCUGCGGAGGUGUGGGUUGGCUACGGUGCGAUUGCCGAUUGCCGUGGCUGAUGGUGAUGGUGCUAAUGCGAAUGCGAGGGUGUCCGGCGAGGAUGGCACGUCGUCGUAUCUGCAGAUUCACUCGUCGCUGGUGCCGACGGUGAGUACCUGGUUCCGGGAUACGCUGUUCGAGCAGUAUGGCACGUUUGUGCCGGUGUUUCGGCACGGAGGGUGGUUGUGGACUCGACUGAGUGCGCAGGUGUAUCUGGAGAAGAGCGAUUUCGAGUGGUUGGGGGGUGUGUUGAGGGAGUGUUGUGAGAGGGUGGAGAGGGAGGUUGUUGGGCUGGCGAAGCUUUGA